CUUUCAUUCGGUCCUGCAAAUCGCGUGCUCGCAGCUCGUGUGUGAACGGUCGUCGUUUUGCGUAAAUGAAAUUCGAAUUUUCAUCAUCUCCAGUCGAAUUUAGUGUUUUAUCUUGGAAAAUCGCCUCCCGGGAAAGCCAUAUUUAAUAAUUCUAUCAAACAAUGUCGUGGUUGUUCGGAUAUAAGAGCCAGGUACCGCAGCAGGGACUGCCGGAUGGCGAUGGUGCGAAUGUGGGUCAGCCGGGUGGUGCCGGCCAGGCUUCCGGCGAUGUGCAGCUGUCCAAGGCCGAACGCAAAGCUAUGGAGGCGUACCGGUUCGAUUCUUCCGCCUUGGAGCGAGCUGCCGAAGCCGCCAAAACUCUGGAACGGUCAAAGCAUGCCCGGGAAGCGUUGGAGCUGUCCAAGUUGCAGGAGAACACCCGGCAGCAGGAGUACAUGGCCAAGGUGAAAGAAUACGAGGCACACAUCGAAACCUCCAAAGUGGAACAGAAAAGGGUGGAUCAUGAAGAACGUCGCAAGACGCUGGCCGAAGAAACGAAGCACCAACAACAACGGGCCCAGUAUCAGGAUCAGCUGGCUCGCAAACGCUAUGAAGAACAGCUAGCUCAGCAGCAGCGCGUUCAAGAGGACAAUUUGCGCAAACAGGAAGAAAGCGUGGCCAAACAGGAAGCUAUGCGCCGGCAAACUAUCGAGCAUGAAAUGGAGCUUCGCGAGAAAAACAAAAUGAAACUGCUGGAAGCAGAAAUGCGAGCAAAGGCUAAAGUCGAUAGAGAGAAUCGAGAUCUAACAUUGGAGCAAAUCCGUUUGAAGGCAGAGGAGAAUCGCGUAACCGUUAUGGAAGGUAUUAAAACUGCUGGUUCGGUUUUGGGACAAGGAGCUACGGCUUUAUUGAGUGACUGGAACAAAGUCGCUACCACCGUUGGAGGUUUAUCGCUUUUGGCUCUGGGUAUCUAUUCCGCCAAAGGUGCAACUGGUGUCACUGCACGAUUCGUCGAAGCACGUAUCGGCAAACCUUCCCUCGUCAAUGAAACUUCCCGCUUCUCGCUGCUUGAAGCUGUUCGUCACCCGAUAACCACUUUAAGCCGCUUCCGAGCAAAACCUCUUGACGCCCUGCAAGGUGUUGUACUGCAACCGAAACUCGAAGAACGACUCCGUGACAUAGCCAUAGCCACAAAAAAUACCAAAAACAACAAAGGACUCUACCGUAACAUCCUGAUGCAUGGUCCACCGGGAACCGGUAAAACUAUGUUCGCCAAAAGACUGGCAUCCCACUCCGGAAUGGAUUACGCCAUCAUGACCGGAGGCGACGUCGGGCCGAUGGGACGCGAUGCCGUAACAGCCAUCCACAAGGUAUUCGAUUGGGCCAACACCAGCCGCCGUGGACUGCUCCUUUUCAUCGAUGAGGCGGAUGCCUUCCUGAGAAAACGUUCGUCGGAACAGAUUUCCGAAGAUAUGCGAUCGGCCCUAAACGCUUUCCUGUACCGUACUGGUGAACAAAAUCCACGCUUCAUGAUGGUUCUGGCUUCGAACACACCGGAACAGUUCGAUUAUGCCAUCAACGAUCGGCUGGACGAGAUGGUUGAGUUCACGCUGCCCGGCCUGGAGGAACGCGAACGGCUCAUUCGAUUGUACUUUGAUAAAUUUGUGCUGCAACCGGCCGCCGAGGGGAAGAAGCGCUUCAAAGUCGAACAGUGGGACUACGGUGCGGUAUGCAGCAAGAUGGCCCAGAUGUGCGAGGGAAUGUCCGGUCGAGAGAUCUCGAAGCUGGGCGUUUCCUGGCAAGCCGCAUGCUACUCCUCCGAGGACGGUGUGCUGACCGAAAAAAUGGUACUGGAUCGAUGCGAAGCGGCAGCCCGGCAACACAAACAGAAGAUGGCCUGGCUCUCGGAGCAGGAAAAGCUGGACCAUAAAUCGAUAACCGGCGGAAAAGGUUUUCUAGUUUAGGCGGCGCACUUUCUUUCCCCACGUGUCGAGGUGAAAUUGUAUCAUUCAAUAAGCUAAUGGAUUGGUUCCUGCGGAUUCUCCGGACACUGACAAACCGAUUGCUCGAAGAUUGUUAUUGUUUUUCGAUGUCGGUUCUGGACGAGUCUUUGAUCCUAAAGGUCCACCCCCCAGAAAGCUGCAUUGGAACGUUCUAUGUAAGUACAUACACACUAAUAUGAAAGAUGAAAACAAAUAUGGCAAUUGUAGAAAUUCAGGCUAAGCCCAGUCAACUCGUCUCAGGGAAAUUUAUAUUAAACUUCUUGGAGAGGCUGGGCUUUACGUUUGCGAUACAGUAAGCUAGAAGGAUACAUCCGUGCACAGGUACGAAACACAUGUCUAGGAAAAAGCUAGGCAGAAAUAUAAGCGCGGAAAUCGGAAAUUGGAUGCAUUUAUAUUGAAUUUGCAUUACUCCGACUCAGAUGUGUUCAAUCUGCAACGUCAAGCUGCCGGCAGUUGUUUUUAAGUGCGCUGUUACAGUUGACUAGCACUAGCAGCCUUUUUGCUCUGUUUAUAGAUUUAAAUUCAAACAAGGAUGUAGCAAAUAUACUAAGAGAGUAAUGUGAUUGUUUCAGUUGCUUUGAAAUCAUAAAACAAAAUUGUUCGUC